AUGGGAUAAAAUAAUUGUACUCCUAACAUUCCUGGAUUAGAAAAAUGUUAUGCAAGAUAUGAAUAAACUGAUGAAAAUAAAUAUCCUUAUUUAGUAGCAAAUAAACAUAGAUUAGAAGAAUCAUAAAAUUCAUAAAUCUUUGAAUUAUAUCAAAAAUAACAAGAUCAACUUAGAUGUUAUUUAUAAAAUUCUCGUUAGCUAUCUUAAUCAACAAAACGUAAUUAUGAAUUUGAAGGACUUUUUCUUAAACUUCAUCUCAUCUCAUAUGCCAUAUUAUGUAUUUUGUUAUUGAUGAUUACUUAAAUCUAUUACUUGUUAAUACAUUAUAGUAUACUAGAUUAAAUGAAGCUUUUUCAAUAACUGUUAGUAUUGUUGAUGUAUAAUUUUAACAAUCUCAUUCAUUUUUAAAAUUAAAAUAAUCCAAAAAUGCUUUCUAAACAUUUCUAUUUGGAAGAUAAUAAGGUUUCCGAUUAGAUAGAUGUUUAAUUGCAGAAAUUACUUCUGGUUUUGAAAGUACUGAAUUAUUUCUUAUCUGAGAUUCAAUUGUUAAAAUAUCAUAUACAUACUUCUGUAAAGGAUAAGAGAAAGCUGUAUGUUAUAAAUUUGCAAUCUUAAGAAAGAAUACCGUAAGAACUAUAUGGAUUGGAGUAGAUCAAAGUUCUGUAAAAAUUAUCUAAUUUAUUAAUAUAGAAUAUUUAUGAUAAAUAAACAGUUCCUGUCAUCUAACCAGUUUUACCUUUUUGUGUUGGAGAUUUUAUAAAAAUCCAUUUACUCUAUUAAACAUUUAAGGAUAAGUCAAUUUAUAAAGUAUUAAAUGGAAUAAACCAUCUAUUGAAAAAUUUGAUAUUGGCAUUUUUGGAAGUAAAAUAUUCUAUCUAAUAUCAAUAGAUCCAAAACAUAUUACUAUGUAACCACCUACUAGAUUCGAACCAAAAGAUGCAGAUUGGACUUUAUUUUAANAUUGGGGGAUCAAAUCUAAUUGCCAAUCUUUUGGGUUCCAUAUUAGACAAUUUUUUAUUCUUAUCACCAGUAUCAUUCUUCUUUGUUCCUCCUGUUGUACUCUUUUAAUUUAUAUCAAAAUUAUAUGGGUCUUUUGUUGCAGUUUUAGCAAAAUUAUACAUAAAAUAUUAACUUACAGAUUUGAAUUAUUAAUGGGAUAAAAUAAUUGUACUCCUAACAUUCCUGGAUUAGAAAAAUGUUAUGCAAGAUAUGAAUAAACUGAUGAAAAUAAAUAUCCUUAUUUAGUAGCAAAUAAACAUAGAUUAGAAGAAUCAUAAAAUUCAUAAAUCUUUGAAUUAUAUCAAAAAUAACAAGAUCAACUUAGAUGUUAUUUAUAAAAUUCUCGUUAGCUAUCUUAAUCAACAAAACGUAAUUAUGAAUUUGAAGGACUUUUUCUUAAACUUCAUCUCAUCUCAUAUGCCAUAUUAUGUAUUUUGUUAUUGAUGAUUACUUAAAUCUAUUACUUGUUAAUACAUUAUAGUAUACUAGAUUAAAUGAAGCUUUUUCAAUAACUGUUAGUAUUGUUGAUGUAUAAUUUUAACAAUCUCAUUCAUUUUUAAAAUUAAAAUAAUCCAAAAAUGCUUUCUAAACAUUUCUAUUUGGAAGAUAAUAAGGUUUCCGAUUAGAUAGAUGUUUAAUUGCAGAAAUUACUUCUGGUUUUGAAAGUACUGAAUUAUUUCUUAUCUGAGAUUCAAUUGUUAAAAUAUCAUAUACAUACUUCUGUAAAGGAUAAGAGAAAGCUGUAUGUUAUAAAUUUGCAAUCUUAAGAAAGAAUACCGUAAGAACUAUAUGGAUUGGAGUAGAUCAAAGUUCUGUAAAAAUUAUCUAAUUUAUUAAUAUAGAAUAUUUAUGAUAAAUAAACAGUUCCUGUCAUCUAACCAGUUUUACCUUUUUGUGUUGGAGAUUUUAUAAAAAUCCAUUUACUCUAUUAAACAUUUAAGGAUAAGUCAAUUUAUAAAGUAUUAAAUGGAAUAAACCAUCUAUUGAAAAAUUUGAUAUUGGCAUUUUUGGAAGUAAAAUAUUCUAUCUAAUAUCAAUAGAUCCAAAACAUAUUACUAUGUAACCACCUACUAGAUUCGAACCAAAAGAUGCAGAUUGGACUUUAUUUUAAUAUAGCAAAUCCAAAUUUUUUAAUAUAUUAAACUAAAAAAGAUAUUAAGUAAUGUACUUUGAUCAUCCAAUGAAAAAAUGUUUUGAUAAUUGUAAACAACUAAAAUUAAAAGAGUGUAGAUGUUGUGGUAAUGGGUUAAUUAUUAAUCGUAUGAAUUAUACUUGUGUUUCAGAGGGUCAACUUAUGAUUCCAUAAAUUAAUAUCAAACUUAUUGUCAAAUAAGGUUGUAUCACCAAUCAAAUUAAUCGAGCUACUGUAAGUUUUGAAUUAGAUAACACUUUAGAAUUAAGAAUUGGAGAUCUUUUAAACUUAUACUACCUAAGAGGAGGAGACUCUUGA